UUUCCUCCUCCCAGCCAUGGUGAGGACCUUUGCCCGUGCGCGUUCCUUCUUGCUGUCCUCCUUAGGCUAGUAGAAGCGAACCAACGUGUAGUGGAGAGGCUACUGACAUGUGGAUGGGUUUGCAGACGAGCAAUGGCGACAGCUGGGACUCUGGUCAAUGAUAGUUGCUGCUGGUGUUGGAGUGCUGUCGUUCCUUGUAGCACGCCGGAAGAGCUUUGGUACAGCCAAAAGAGAUGUAUCGAUGACCGUGCAUGUUGCAGUGAACACAAACUGAAGCUUUGCUCUCUGACAGGACACAGACCACACAGCGAUGAAUGGAAAAUCGAGCCAGCGUUCCGAGACGAACGAGGGCAGGGAUGAUGUGUUUGCGCAGGAUGAUAGACCCCAAGAGGAGUUUGACGACGACGAGUGGGAGAUCCCCGCAUCUGCAAACUUAGGAGAAUCUGAUAGACAAAGACAUGAUGGAGCAGGAUUGACGGCCUCUGUUGUGUUUGUUGACCAACAAUGAUUGUUUAUUAGCUUCGGCAUCAGCUUUGGCAUUCAGUUUGCCUUCAAGACACUUCUCACACUGAUGACGCCUUUCUUUGCGACAUCAGAUGCAUGUCUUUUCUCCUUCUUUUCUCCUGUUUGUCAUGAGAUGUAUAGCUACGGUACCAUCGAGUUUGCGGCAUUUUAAGCCUGUGUUUGAAAAUGAUUUCUGAGGAA